ACGUUCAAUGUGCAUAAUAUUGCGAUUAGUAAAAAAUGACAGGCUUGCUUUUAAAAGCGAAAUAUAAUGCUCGAGCUGUAAACUUUUACAACUCUGUAGAAACUAUCGACUGGUAUUUUGUUGUUGUAUUUAUUAUGGAAUUUUCUACAUACAAUACAGUGUGCUGGAGUUUGAAAAAAAUAUUCACCUGUUAAGGCAAAUUGAUACAAAUUAAUAUAACCGCUGCACCACAGACACUGGUACGGAAAAGAAUAGAAUAGAAUGAAAUAAAGGUACCUAAUAACAAAAAUAACGUGUGCCAAAGUAAAAAAUAAACAUAUUCAACAAUUAGAUGAAACGAUACAAGAACGGUAAAUAAAAAAACCCGACAACAAAACGAUAAUAUAAUUUUAUAAAUCAUAACAAACAGUACAGCAAAGAAAACUUUGCUUAAGUUGACGAAUCAAUAAUUCCCUAUGUAAUCCCCCCAGAGAUUUCAUUUAUAUCAUCAGUUUUUCACACUCUCAAUAAUUGAAAAAUAUUCUUUUUUGUUCCCAUCCUUCCUGUUGCUCGUACACAUUAAAACUUCCCAACUAAUAAUCUCUCCUCUUCCACUCUUCGGUAAUUAUCAGGAGAUCUGAUGAGAUGCCGCCACCCGUGGCUAAAUUUGCGAUGUAGUGGGAUAAGUAUUUGCGGCAAGGUGUUAAUUAGGUUCGAGAUCUACUAAUGGCCCAUUAAAUGCUACGUAUAUUAUUAUUGUUAUCUUCUUGUUUGUGAGCUUCAGAGUGGGCUGUUGGAAACUGGUACCGAGAAGAAAUUGGAUUCUCACAGCACCACGAGAUAAGAACUACUUCAGCGGUCAUUGUCCUGACACAGCAUUUUGUUUUUGGUUGUGUGUUGUCCUAGUCGUAAUGGCGUAAACUGUCCCGUUUACCGUAAUUUGACUUUGAAUUGAUGUUGUUGUUUUUAUUCAUACAAAUAACGCAUGACCAUUAUCAUAACGUAAGAUUACAAGGAUAAUUGCAAUGGUGAUAAUGAUGAUAAAAAUAACACCAGUAACACACUGCUAAUGAUAAUAAUAAUGAUGAUAACAGUAAUAAAAAGCGAUAAUUUCUAAUGCGCUGCUUAAGGUACGCAUAUUUACUGUCCUGAUUUUUAAAAAUAUACUCUGGGUGGGCGUCACGGACAGGUUCGACCUUGAAGCUAACUUCGCAAUUUAUACGUUCAUACAUUACUGUCAGCAAAUACUUUUCUUCCCAUUUAUUCCAAGUAAACGUUAAAAACCGCAUACAUGGAAAGCAAUUUUAAACGUUUGAAUACGUUAUCAUACAUCAAUAUUUUUUUAGAGUGUUUUAUCUGGUUUUGCAAUUAUAUGUCAAAAAGCACAUUGUAUACCCACCCAAUUGUAUAUUCUGAAAGCCGUCCAAUGGGACGGCGUCUCCUUUCGGAAGCCGUCUUAACCUUAUCCAAACAAACACUUCCUUCUUCCUUCUCCUACUGCAUGUCAAGUGCUCUGGCCUACAGACGCUUCGCAGUUUGUGAUUCAGUUUCGUUUUGACAAGACGCGCAUCCGUGAUGCAAAGAUCUGUUCCAGAACACUAUUCACCACCAGACUGAGCCGCAGAUGUCUGGAACAUUGCAUGCUUCUUGAAUGACUACACCCUUCUGUCGACACGAACUGCCUCAUACGAUCUGACGUUUGUGGUCUUCUUUCUUAACCCCAUACGAGAAGGAAGCACCACCAGUUGAGCUGACUUUGCCUUUUCUCAACUUGGCUAUCAGUCAAAAAGUAGAUAACUGAAGUGGUGAUAUCAUUUUGUCAACUGCACUGAUAUAAACUGUUAAUUACAUUAAAGUGACGCCAUUUUUAUUCUCUUGGCUACGUUGAGUAACUGUUGUUGAUGAGUCACUUCGUUGGUACUGUCAGUCUUUUCCUGGUCUGAUCCUGAUUGAACUGGGAGCUACUAGAAGUCGAGAGAAAACUAGAGGUCAGACGGUACCCAAAAAAUUCCUCGAACCCGUGGAAUUACCGCUUGAAGUGAACGCAAGAUGGAGGAAAGUUUAGUCCCUUUAAUGGAAAAUGACACAAAGUCAAGUGGCACGAAUGGCGACAGAGUUCGAAUCGGAGUCGUUGGCACCGGCAACUUCGCCGUGGCCUUCACCAAAUGCCUGGUCAUGGCGGGUUAUAACGUCAUAAUGGGCAGUCGCCGUCCCGGUCUACGAAAAUCGACGUUGCCAAUGACCGAGGAAUGCCUUUGCGGAGUGGAGCUGACCACUAUUUCCGAAUGUUUCACAAAUUCAGACGUCAUCUUCAUCGCUAUUCAUAUGGAGGAUUUUCAGGACACUCUUGGAAAAUACCAAGAGCUAACGCGCGGAAAGAUUCUCGUAGACGUUUCCAACCGGGAGUACCGAUACGCAGCGCACUCGAACGCCGAAUACCUGACGUCCAUUCUGCCGCACGCCAUCGUUGUCAAAGCUUUCAACUCUGUACCAACCCAGGCCUUGGAACAGCUCUCGGGCAUGGGUAGAGAGGGACUCAAAGUACUGGUUGCCAGUGACAGUCAAAGCGGCCGGACAGCCGUGUCUGAAAUCGCCAAGUCCCUUGGGUUUCUUGUCAUCGAUCUGGGAGGCCUGAAGUCGGCGCGGUAUAUGGAGGAACAGGUGCUGAAAACUUUCACCUUGUGGAGAAUUCCGCUCUUCCUCACGUUCGGAAUCUUCAAUCUAUGGUCGUUGUUCAUUGUUUACCUGUACUUUAUCGAGAAGACGGCGUACAACUGGGAACAGAUUUUCCUGAAGGUGUUGAACAAACCGUUGUGCAUGACGGCCAUCACCGUCCUGGCCCUGACGUAUUUACCUGGUCAGCUUGCUGCAGUUCUCCAAGUGAUCAAUGGCACCAAGCACAAACGCUUCCCGCGCGUUCUUGACACUUGGCUGAAAAGCCGGAAGCAGUUGGGCAUCAUCAGCUAUGCCCUCGUGUGCGUCCACGUCAUCGCCUCUGUCCUGAUGCUUUCCCCUACCUACUACAGCUCGUGGUUCCACCACGCCACCGUCACGCUGCCUGCUAACGUGAGCCACGCAACGUUGGACGCGGAAGUGGUGCUUCCCGUGACGAGGACGUGGAUGACGUGGAAAGGUGAGGCGGCGUGCUUGGUGGGGAUCGCAGCAUUCCUGCUCAUGUCUGCCGUGGCGCUGACGUCAAUACCGUCCGUGGGCGAGUCGCUCAACUGGUCAGAGUGGACGUGCGUGCACUCCAAGCUCAGCUACUUUGUCCUCUUCCUCUCUGUCGCUCACGUCUGCGUGAUGGGAGGCCCAGGCUGGGCCAAAGCAGGGCCUUACAAAAUCUGGAAAUCCAUCACUUUUCUCAGUUCCCUUCUGCCCAUGUUCGUCUUGGUCCUGAAAAUACUCUUCAGCCUCCCACCUUUGAGUGGGUAUCUCCGAAAAAUUCGCCGAGGAUGGGAAAGAGACUCCCGGAAAGCCCAAAGCUCCCCGUGUUCGAGGAACCAUGACGUCACCGUUGUGGACAUCGAGGACGAAAGUCAGAAGGAAGGGAGCAGAUUGAGCAAAUUGUGUGGCUGCGCUCAUGGUAAAGGCUCUCACAACUACAAGGGUGUGAAAGGUGUGUCAUUUGCAAACACAAACUGCCACUGCGCCUCUGAAAGAUUGCAGACGAAAACAAGCAUGUUUUAGACAGGAUUUUAUGGAUUUACUUUUUUGGGUGGGUUGAUUUUUACUUUUUGCUUUUUAUUUUAUUUUGUUU